AUGGCAAGCUCUCAGUGCCUUGAGAACCCACCAACCCUCACACCCACUUGUGGAGCAGGGACUGUCCAAGUAUUUGGUGGUCUCAACACUUAUGUCACUGGCCCUUCGGAUUCUAAGCUCGCUAUUCUUCUCAUUUCUGAUGUUUUCGGCUAUGAAGCACCCCUUUUUAGAACUAAUAUUUGUAUACUUGCAGACAAAGUUGCAGCAGCUGGAUUCUUAGUCGUGGCUCCUGAUUUCUUUUAUGGUGACCCUGUUGAUCUGAGCAACCCUCAAUUUGAUCAAGAUGCAUGGAUGAAAGCUCAUAACACGGACAAAGGAUAUCAAGAUGCAAAACCAGUUAUUGCUGCUCUCAGAAGUAAAGGUGUGUCUGCCAUAGGGGCUGCAAGUUUUUGCUGGGGAGGGAAGGUGGCUGUGCAAUUGGCAAGUUCUGAUGACAUUCAGGCUGCCGUUCUGUUGCAUCCUGGUCCGAUCACGGAUGACGAGAUCAAUGAGGUUAGGAUUCCGAUUGCUAUUUUGGGAGUUGAAAUUGAUCAUGCUACCCCACUGGAGCAAGUGAAACAUUUUGGAGAGAUAUUGUCUUCAAAAUCUGAGCUUGAUUGCUUGGUUAAAGUAUUCCCUGGUGUCUCACAUGGAUGGUCGGUUAGGUACAAUGUUGAAGAUGAAUCUGCCGUGAAGAGCGCAAAAGAGGUGCAUGAAGACAUGUUAAACUGGUUUACGAAGCAUGUCAAGUGA